AGAAGAAGCAGAAGACUCUUAGUACGAAGAAGAAGAAGAAGAAGAAGAAGAGAUUAAAAUAAACGUCAACGUAGAGAAGAGCUGCUGUCUAAAUUGGAAAUAUAUUUGAACACGUGGUACAGUAUGUAUUUAGUGUUCAUGCACAAUGGAAACUACCUGGAGUACUGACAUCUAUAUAUGUUUUGGAAUCAAAGGGCCAGUAUGUACAUGCUGUGAGUGAAUGGUAGAGCAAGAUGCCACUGCUUCUGCGAACGGGUCAUGGAGAAAGAGAUCAAAUCAACAGGUUGCAGAGGGAAUAGCCCCCCACUAAACUGUCUAAGAACUAUACAGAACAGCAAAGAGCAAGCUUUACAGAUCUCCAGCAAAGAGCACAGAGCUGUGGGUUUCGUGUUGGUGCAUGCGGGGGCAGGGUAUCAUUCUGAAUCCAAAGCCAAGGAGUAUAAACAUGUCUGCAAAAGAGCCUGUCAGAAAGCCAUGGAGAGGUUGAGAGAUGGUGCCAUGGCAGUGGAGGCAGUGACUGCAGCUCUUCUAGAGCUAGAGGAUUCACCGUUCACCAAUGCUGGUACUGGGUCCAAUCUAAACCUGGUUGGGGAUAUUGAAUGUGAUGCCAGCAUCAUGGAGGGAAAAUCAUUAGAUUACGGAGCAGUUGGUGCUUUAAGCGGAAUCAAGAAUCCAGUAUUGGUGGCUAGAGCACUGCUGAAUGAAGCACAGAAAGGGAAACUUUCAGCUGGAAGAAUUCCUCCCUGUUUUUUAGCUGGGAUUGGAGCUCAGCAAUGGGCAGUCAGUCAUGGUAUACCUCCAUGUCCUUCAGAGAAGAUGGCCACCAAAUUUAGUUUGUCAGCCUACAAAAGGAAUAAACGAAAGAUGGAGAUGGCAGAGAAGAUGGAACCAGAACAUAACUCUUUUAAGAGACGGCGACAGUCAAGUGGAACUCAGGUGAAUGAAAUGGUGGAUUUAGAGGAGCCUGCCUCCUUGGACACGGUUGGAGCUGUUGUUGUGGAUCAGCAAGGGAAUGUUGCAGCUGCUGUCUCCAGUGGAGGUUUAGCUAUGAAACACCCGGGCAGAGUAGGCCAGGCUGCUCAGUAUGGGUGUGGUUGUUGGGCUGAAAAUGCCCGUGAUGCCAGACCUUAUUCUACAGCUGUGAGUACCUCAGGAUGUGGAGAGCAUCUGAUGCGCACAAUGCUAGCUAGAGAGUGCUCCACAGCUAUGCAGGCUGAUAAUGCUCAUCAGGCUCUCCUGGAGGCUAUGCAAAACAAGUUUAUUGGCUCACCAUUUCUGGCCAGUGAGGAUGGUGUUCUGGGUGGCAUAAUUGUUCUGAGAUGCUGUAGAUGUGGAGAGGACCACAGCUCUGGAAAUUUGCAGGCCUUACUAGUGGAGUUUCUGUGGACUCAUACUACGGAGAGUAUGUGUGUGGGGUACAUGUCUGCAAAUGACAGGAAAGCUAGGGCUCAUAUAUCUAGACUGCCUCCUGGGGCUGUGGCAGGACAGUCACUUGCGAUUGAAGGUGGAGUGUGUCGACUUGGGGGUGUUGAGUGACUGAUCAGAGUACAUUGUUUGGGGGUUUUUUGGUUGUUUUUUUGUUUUUUUAAUAGCAAUAUGCCUAUGCUAAAGUCUAUGCUAAUGACAAGUUUGGAGAUUAUUUAACAUGUAAAAGGCUUUACAUUUAAGCAAUGAAACAAAUAAUUUAAUCAGUCAAGGUAGCUUAAUCUUACUCUUAUUUUAGUCUCUUUUUAAUAUCCAUAGUGCUAUGAGAUGACGUAUGUGUGUGUUUGUUCGUGUGACACUGAUCAGACAUAACAAUUACAACCACUGAGAGGUGACAUAAUAGCGUUCAUUAUCUCAUUACAGUGACCUCUUCAAGGGGUGUGAUAUAUUAGGCAGCAAUUGAACAUUCAGUUCUCUAAGUUGGUGUGUUGGAAGCAGAAAUUAUUUGAGAAACAUGAGAAAGAGUUCACCGCGUUGACUUGGCCUCCAAAUUCUCCAAAUCAAGCAUCUCUGGGAUGCGCUAGACAAAGUCUGAUCUAUAAGAAGCUCCAAUUCACAGCUUACAGAACUUAAAGGAUCUGCUGCUUACCUCAUGGUGCCAGACACCACAGCAUAUUUUCAGGAAUCCAUGCCAUCAAGGCGGAGCACUUUGGGUGUCACAAGAGGGAUCUACAUGAUAUUAAACAUGUAGUUUUAAUGUUAUGGCUGAGCGGUGUAAAUAAAAUAUGAAUUACAGCUGUUAUUUUGGGAGCAUGCAAGCAACAUGAAGGUAUACAGGAUUUAAUCAUUGAAUAUGCUUACCACAAACGAUAAGGCUGCUGCUCUUGUUUUGCACAGAUAAAUACUUUCAGUUGUAUUCCUUAUAUGUAUUGUACAGUCCAUAUUUAAAUCCAUUUGCUUUGCCCCUUCAUUAAAUAAAAUGAACCAUACAGCAUCUCGACCAAAUCUUGUUCUGAAUAUUACAAAAUGCUCUGAUGGUAUCUUUGUACUGUUAUGAACAGUGCUAAUUUAAAAAGAAUCUAUGGACUAUAAAUGCACCUUAUUUGAUAGGCUACUACAUGGAGUUUCUAUACUCACUUAUCUGGGAAUGGUUUAUUAAGAUCAUUGCAUACAGCAUUAAAUUGUGUUCUAUUUUGUUUAUUAUUAAUGUUUAUCGCUGUUGCACAGAGUAGUUUUUGGGAGUAUUAUUAUUAUUAGCUUUUCAAAGUCUUAUUGCAGUAGUAUAAUAUUUAGAACAGUUUUUGCUGUGAGUAUAAGUUGUCCCAUACGUGUUGUCGGGCAGGGAACUAUCCUCUUCAGAAAGCAUGAAUGAAUGUGCUGAUUGCUCUAGAAAUUAAAAUUGCACUAUUUUUUGUAUUAAACCUGGCUAUAUACCUUGCACAUGUAUAUUGGUGCAGGAACAUUUUCUUUACAUUUCAGAAACUGUUGCAAAUUCCAUUCUGGUGAUAUAUCUGACAGAUUCAAUGGCAUAUAUUAUAAGGAUGUAGCUGUCUAUCAUUGACAGUAUUUAUUAAGUUCCAUCUGCUUCAUAGAGGCAUGUCAAGCUUGAAGAAAGAAAUAUGUAAGAUUUUUUUUUCAUAUUGCCACAACACAGUUAAGUCUCUUGAAUAAAGUUUUGUGUUGUAUUUUAUCCUUGUUAUAUUUUGAACGUGCCCUUGCUUGUUUAGUUCAGUGAAAAAGUGAAAUAAAUUUCAAUUUACACAAAAUGUAAACUGUCCUACAGUAACUGAGUUCAAGUUUAAGGUUAAGAUUUUAUUUUUUUCCAGAAAGAAUGUUAUGAAGAAGAGCUAAAUGAAUCUUUGAUGGAACUGUUUGUGUGUUAUUUUCUGUUAGAGUGAUAUGAAUAUAAGGAAUUAACAUUUCUGUCAUCUUCAAAUGUAUUAAAUUACGAUGGCUCCUGACUGUUGAACUGAAAUAAAUAAAUGGGUAUUGCCACA